CGUCCAGCGCGAAACCGACCAUACCGCCAUCAACCCAACCGAGCCGACGCGCAAGACACUCCGAAGAAUAAUCCCCGAGAUCGGCGACACUGUGGAUGCCCUUUUAAGGAUAUCCCGGUCGCGGUGGCAGCGUGGAUGACGGUCCGCUCACCUCUCAACAACCCACCUACCUCGCGGCGCGCCUUCACCGGUCGCCGAUAGCCUGCCUGUCUGCAGCUUCCCACCUGGACCUGGACUCGACUCAACGCCUCUAAACUUCAUCAACCGCGCAACUCAACCCCCCGUCGAUGCCGCACGCGACUAUGGACGGCGAACGCAUCCCCCCCUCGACAGGCGCAACGGAAGAAGACGACGACUUUGUCAAGUUUCUCAGCCUACAAAGUGGUGCUGCGGCGAAUGGCGAGGAUUUGCUCGGGUCGAUAAACGACCGUGAGCUGGAUCUGGGAGAAAAGGCGGAUGAUGCGGUGGACUUUGCUGACAUAUCUGACGAUGAUGAUCUGCCUGAGGAAGAGUUUGGUGCUGGUGGAGGUGAUAAUGGCGCGAUCGCUGCUGAUGAUCCCCUCGACGAUCUGUUUGGCGAUGGUGGAGAAGACGGCGGUGAUGACUUCGACGUAGACGCCCUUUUCGACGAUCCCGACGUCGAUUCCACGCAAGAUCACGCGCGCCAUGAGGACAGGCCGCUCGAAUCUGUAGAGGGACAAGCGGACGCUCGGCAGACCGCCACUGUCAACGCUUCGCAGAGCAACGGACAAGCUGUCUCUCGAAAUGUGACCAGCACAGCCGCACAACCAGUAAAGAAGGAGGAGAUAGAUCCAGACCUCCUUGAGCAACUGGCUCUUUUCGAGGAAUCGCGUCGUGGAAAGGUCAACGAUGAGCUGGCUGUGCCAAAGACGACGAGAGCAGAGUUCGAGAAGACAUGGCCCAACUUCGAACCGGAUAAGCCCCCGCGCUUCUUCAGCCUGGUGCCGCGCAAGCGCGCCUACUACAUCCCCAAGGUCCCUCAGAAGCAGCCCAAGCUCAUGCCCAUGGCCAAGGUCAGCCUUGACAUCGCAGCAGACCAGGAGAAGAGCUUCCGACUGCCCCCAGUACCAGCUACGACCAAGGCCGGGCGACAGUCAGAGGAAGAGCAUGGGGGUAUUAUUCAUAUCGUGAACGCUGUUCAGGAAGAACGCGAGAGCAGCGAACAAAUGGAAUUGGAUAGUCUUGACACGAUCGAAGACGGCGAAAAAAUUGGGAACGUCUCAUGGAGUGAUCUGAAGAUUGCCUGUGAAAACUGGGACAUUGCGAGCGACGCGACACUCUCAGACGAUGACAUGAUUUUGACGCCCCCAGAUACUGUUGUCGACGGUAUUGACAUAGACUGGAUCGGCAGUCUGGUUCCAACGAAGAAACGGAAACUUGGACACCACGCGAAGCCCCUACAGUUUUCUGUCUACGAUCACAUGGACCUGCCCACCUGGGAUGAUCCCGAACUCGAGACCGCCAGACUCGCGAAGAAGAUCAUCUUGGAUAUGAACGACCCACAUCUCCUGCUUGACGUGCAGUUACCAAGUGCGGAGCCCCCCAAGCCUCGCACAAUUGGUCUCAGCCUCAAGCGUGACAAUCGCGGUAGUCUCGCGAACCCGAUGUUCAAGCGUUACAACAUUUCCAACGACGAGGCAUACGACGCGCUCAAGGAGAGCAGCCAGCAGAAGGUUCGCAGCAUGAUUGGCCAUAUGAACGUCGAGCACAGUCUGCCUGCUUUGAAGCUGCAGUUUCCGUUCUACAAGGUCGCGCUUUCUGAUCGCGAGCUCCGGUCCUUCCAUCGUCCUACCAUCUCGUUCAAAGCUGGGGAGCGGGCUGGCAUCUCGACACUCAAGUCGAUCAAGAGGAAGCUCAAGAAGAAUCUCAAGCCUUCUGAAGCUUUUGCCAAUGCAGAUGAUCUCAGCAUUGGCGAUAAUUCAGAUCUUCUCCUUGCGGAGUACUGCGAGGAAUAUCCAACGACGUUGUCUAACUUCGGCAUGGGUAUCAAGAUCCUCAACUACUACCGUCGAAAGGACGACAACGAUACUGCGCGCCCGAAACGGGAAGACGGUAUUGGAGAGACGUCGGUGCUGCUACCGCAGGAUAAGAGUCCGUUCUCGCUGUUUGGUCAGGUCGAGCCUGGUCAGGAGGUACUGACGCUUCACAACGCCAUGUAUCGAGCACCGGUUUUCAAGCACAACCCCGAAGCCACCGAUUUCCUCGUCAGCAGAAGUCAUACUGGAGUUAAUGGCUCCAAGUACUACAUGCGGAACAUUCCGAACCUUAUGGUUGUUGGCCAGCAGUUCCCCUCUGUCGAGGUGCCUGGCACACAUGCACGCAAGGUCACGGAAGCAUCGAAGAAGCGUCUGAAGAUGCUGGCUUUCCGACUGUACAGAAAGGGUCAGCAGAAAGCAAGCAGGCAGCCCUGGGUCAGUAACGAGAUGAUCAAACAGCAUCUUCCAGGAACGGAGAUUGCACAAAAUCGCUCUCGGAUGCGCGAGAUCAUGAAGUACCAGAAAGACAUUGGGACGUGGGAGCCAAUGCCUGGUGAGACCAUUCCGGAAGAACCCAUUCUGCGGACCUGGAUCAAGCCGGAGGAUGUGUGUCUGAUAGACUCCAUGCAUGCUGGUGACAAGCAGCUCCAAGACGCUGGAAUCAAAUCGAACGAGAUCAAGGACGAUGACGAAGAGCAGGAGGGCGAGAACUCGGAGUCGAAACUGGCGCCUUGGAACACGACGAAGAACUUCUUGAAUGCCUGCACAGGCAAGGCUAUGCUUGAGCUUCACGGCGAGGGCGAUCCCACCGGUCAAGGCUUGGGCUUCAGCUUCAUCAAGACGUCGAUGAAGGGCGGCUUCCGCGACAUCGGAGAGAGUAUCUCAGACCGCGUCGACGCAAAGAAGAUGAAGGAACUCAACGGCCACAGCUACAACGUGCAGAAACAACAGCAAACGUACGAAAACGCCAUAAAGCGCAUCUGGAACAAGCAAAAAGAAACCCUAUCCGCCGAGAACCCGCCCUCGGACAUAGAAGACGACGUCGACUCCAGCACCACCGCCGCCGUCCCCCGCGGCCGCAGCGAACUCGGCACCCCGCUCCACCGCGCCGACGACGACACCAUGAGCCAAUUCUCCCGCAACAGCGGCGCCGACUCGCGCGGCAAAAAACUCCGCAUCACACGCACCAUCAAGAACAAAUUCGACGAGUACGAGGAGCGCGUCGAAAUCGUAACAGACCCCGAAGUCAUCAAGCUGUACCUCAAGCGCAAGAAACAGGAGCGCCUCAUGAAUAUGAAACUCGACGAUAUCAAACCCACAGGCGAUCAUGAGUAUGAUAAACAGCAGCUUGCUAAGUUGAAGGCGGAGUAUGCGAGGUUGGCGCGCAAUAUGGAGCGGAGGGAGGGCAGGGAGAAGGCGAAGGGUAUUCAUAAGAGUCAGAAUGGGGAGGCGGGGCCUGGGAAGGGCACGCCGAGGAAGUGUGCUGGCUGUGGAGAGGUUGGGCAUAUUAAGACGAAUAAGAAACUUUGUCCCCUCCUCAAUGGGUCGAGGAAGCAGAAUGAUACGUUUCGCGAUGCGUCUGCUGCGUCGCCUGCUACGGCUGUGCCCGGGACGCCGAUGUCGGUUAUGUCGCCGCCUGUUUGAAUGCAGUGGCGUGCGGGGAUGCUGGUCCUUGGUUUGAUCGUGGUAAGUUCAGUGGUGCGGUGCGGCGUGGUGUACUCAUCCCACCACUUUCUCUUCUCUUCUCUUCUCUUCUUUUUUUUCGAGACGUGGUCGGUAAUAAGACGUAAAAGGGUCACCGUUUGGUUGGAGUUCUACCCUCGGAUGCUUUUUUUCCAUCAUGCAUAGCUUUGGGCGCUGGGUGUGGGUUAGUGUUACGCGGUAUGCGUUAAGCAUUGGGAUUGGCGUUUUUCUUUUGAGCGCUCUUCACAUCAGAUCAGAUCAGAUUGGGUUUGUGGAUAGGGGGUGGGCGUGUCAAAGUCGCUGGGUGCGAAAACGCUGGCAUCUUUUUCUUCCUGCAGAGUUGUGUGGACAUGGAAAAAAGUAGGGGUUG